AUGCACACUGAGGUUUUGGUGCAGUCCAUGUUGGUGCCGGUGUUGCUGAUUCUGCUCUCUGCCGUGGAGGACACUUUGUUGCAAUCAGUGAGCCAGGCGGGUGGCGUGUGUCGUCUGUCCACCGACUCCUCCCUGCGCCGCUGCCGCACAGCAGACGGCAAGAUAUGCAGUGGGAGGGGCAAGUGUGACUGCGGAGUCUGCGUCUGCACGGCCACCGAACCAGGGAAGUUCUACGGUCCCCGCUGCGAGUGCCACGACUGGGUCUGUUCUUCACAUAACGGGAAAACCUGCAAUGACCGCGGCUACUGUGACUGUGGGACGUGUGAGUGUGAUGACGGCUGGUUCGGAGACGCCUGCCAGUUCCAGGAAGAGUGCAACCUCCCCGGCAAGAAGAGCAAAGAGCUCUGCAAGAACCCACAGGGGGUGGUUUGCUCCAACAGAGGAACCUGUCACUGUGGAAGCUGCAUGUGCAACAAUGAGGGGAACACGGGCCUGGUGACCGGACGCUUCUGUGAGUGUGACGACAGCGAGUGUCUGGAUGAGGACACCGGAGAGGUGUGUGGAGGCCAUGGCCAGUGUUACUGUGGAAACUGUUACUGUGCUGCCGGUUGGCAUGGAGACAAAUGUGAAUUCCAGUGUGAUAUCAGCCCAUGGGAAAGCAAACGGCAAUGCACAUCUCCAGAUGGCAAAAUCUGCAGCAACAGAGGGACCUGUGUGUGUGGCGAGUGUACCUGUCAUGACGUAGAUCCCUCUGGCGACUGGGGAGACAUUCAUGGAGACACCUGCGAGUGCGACGAGAGGAACUGUCAUGCGACUUAUGACCGAUACACGGAUGACUUCUGCUCAGGUCAGGGCCAGUGUAAUUGUGGCAGGUGCGACUGCAAGGAGGGAUGGUCGGGCAGGAAGUGCGAGCAUCCCCUGUCCUGCUCCCUGUCUCUGGAGAGCAGUCUGAGGAAGUGUCGGGGAUCGUCCAAUCUGCCCUGCUUCGGACGAGGUCAGUGUCAGUGUGGACAGUGUACCUGUCAUCCACCUGGGGACAGUCGUGUUCAUGGCAAAAACUGUGAGUGUGACGACCGUCAGUGCGAGGACAUCAGUGGAGAGGUCUGUGGAGGUCACGGUUACUGUUCGUGUGGACGCUGCAUCUGCAAGGACGGCUGGUUCGGGAAGCUGUGCCUGUUCUCCAGGUCUUGUGACAUGAGCGACGACCAGAGCAAAGAGCUGUGUGAGACGUCAGACGGAGUCAUGUGCAGUGGAAAAGGUUCCUGUCACUGUGGCCAAUGCAUCUGCUCUCCCCAAGACUGGUGGGUGUCUGGAGAGUUCUGCGAGUGUGACGACCGAGAGUGUGACAAACAUGACGGCCUCAUCUGCACAGGGAACGGCUUGUGCAACUGCGGCAACUGCGAGUGCUGGGACGGCUGGACAGGGAACGCUUGCGAAAUCUGGGUGGGAGCAGAGUACUGA